AUGUCGAGAUCGCGCGAGGGAUAUCUUUGGACUGAAACAAAUCUUACCCAAGGUCUAGCCACCCAGGCCGUGAUCUCAAGCACGACAAACCUCAAACCAAGUUAUGAUGUGAUAGUCAUUGGAGCUGGAUUUGCCGGCCUACGGGCGGCGCGGGAACUCAGCCGCCACUAUAGAUUGAGUGUAUUGAUCAUCGAGGGACGAGACCGCAUCGGUGGUCGAACGUGGACGGCACAAGCGUUUGGAGAAGACUUUGAAAUGGGUGGAACAUGGGUCCAUUGGAACCAGCCACAUCUGUAUGCCGAGCUGCACAGGUACAACCUCCACAAAAAUCUGAAGUCGUCAGCCGGCACCAUUGCAACACAGAAAACGUAUUACAAGGGAGCAGGAGGCGGGGUGCAAGAAAUCGAUGGAAAUGCUCUCGCUGAAAUUACCCAGGCUGUCGCCGAAAAGUUCUUUACAAUCGAUGGGCUGUCCAGUCGCGAGCUGUACCCUUACCCCCAUGACCCCUUUCGAACACCGGCACCGUGGAAAAAGUACGACCAUCUCACGGUGCGACAGCGCCUCGAUCAACUUGAUCUCCCAACUCUCCAUAAAGGCUACUUCGAAAGCACGGUCAACUCGUUCGGCAGUGCGCCCAGUACAGAGAUCGGAUUUAUCGAAGCGCUCCGCUGGUACGCCUUGGGUGGUCACAAUAUGGCCCAAGUCCUCGAGCUUGCAGGUAUCUACAAGCUGGGCAAGGGCGGCAUGACCUCGUUCUCUCGAUCCAUUCUCCAAGACGCACAGAGCGACAUCCUCCUCGACACGGUCAUUUCUGAAGUGAUUCAGAACGACCCAUCUGGUGCGGUGGUAAGGUCUAAGAAGGGACGCACUUUCAAGGCGAAAGCAGUCAUCUGCACCGUUCCACUGAAUUGUCUGAGUGACGUAAAGUUCUCGCCGCCGCUAAGUCCGUUGAAAAGCGAAGGCAUCGUCAAAGGACACAUUAACAAAGGCGCAAAGAUCCACUUCAAGCUUACUUCGACCGAACCAGGCUGGUUCGCGGCUUGCGACGGUUACUCUGCCUCGUCUUUCUGCUUCGCCUUCUCCGACCACAAUGGCACAAGCCCGGCCGGACCCCGUGGCACCUACUGCAUCGGCUUUGGGUACAGUGGGUGCCUGCAAGACCCGCGAGACAGCAAGCACAUCCUCGAGGAGUUCAAGAAAGAUCUGCGCCCAGACGCCAGGGUCGAAGGGUAUCUCACUCACGAUUGGAUGAAUGACCCGCUAGCCAAGGGGGUGUGGAGUUGUUGGGGUAGUCACUCAAUGACAAUGUAUCUCCAGGAGCUGCAGAAGGCGCACGGAAACGUCUUCUUUGCGAGCGCUGACUGGGCUGACGGUUGGCGAGGCUUCAUUGAUGGUGCGCUCGAAAGUGGGCUGAAGACAGCGCAGGUCGUUGCGGAGAAACUUAACACGAGCCCAGGACCAAGGUUGUGA